GCCGGCCGUUGAGCGGAUAGUCCGCUCGGAGCCCGAGGGUGGGCGGCCGUUGUUGCUGCCGCCGGCUCCGCCUCGUCGAUCGCAGCUCUCUCGGAGACGGCGGGCAGAGUGCUGUCGGUGGUGUGGAGAUGGCGGGCCCCAGCCCCGGGCCCGCUCUGUGGUAUCACCGGGACCUGAGCCGAGCGGCGGCCGAGGAGCUGCUGGCCCGUGCGGGCAGGGAUGGCAGCUUCUUGGUGCGGGACAGCGAGAGUGUGAGCGGGGCCUAUGCCUUGUGUGUCCUGUAUCAAAAGCAUGUUCAUACAUACAGGAUCUUACCUGAUGAAGAUGAUUUUCUGGCAGUACAGACUUCUCAAGGUGUGCAGGUGAGACGCUUCAAAACACUGACUGAACUUAUCACAUCGUACCUCCAGCCGAACCAGGGUCUGGUCAGCACGCUGCUGUACCCUGUAGAGAGGGAGGACAAAAAGGAAACAGCAGAGGACAAGGACUAUUCAGAUGGUGAAGAUGAGAAACCACCUUUGCCCCCUCGCUCUGCUUCAACCAGUUUCAGUGGCAGUGCUGGCACUUGCCUUAGUCCGGUGGCGCAAGAUGGAGCAGUGGACAGUGCAACUAAUGGGAUGACCACCAUGUCUCAUGAAUAUUUGAAGGCGAGCUAUGUCUUAGACCUGGAGGCAGUGAAGGCAGGUGCUACCAGCCUCCCACAUCUCAACAAAGCAUUAGUGACGUCCUGUAAGAGGUUGAACAGUGAAGUUGAUAAAGUCCUGGCUGGCCUGGAAAUAUUAUCCAAAAUAUUUGACCAACAAAGUUCUCCAUUGCUGACACGGCUUAUCCAGCAGGCUAGCAGUCAGGGUGGCGAUCAGGAGUUGGAAAAUCUAGUUGUGAAGCUCUCUGUGCUGAAGGACCUCCUGUCAUCAAUGGAGCGCAAGGCAUUGAAAGCACUACAGGAGAUGAGUUCCUGCCCCAGCUUCACAUCGCAGUCUUCGAUGUUCUCUCACACAGCACCUCGGAAGGCAAAGAGUAUUCCUGUGCAAGCGUUUGAGGUGAAACUGGAUGUGAACCUGACUGAUCUAACAAAGAUUGGUAAAUCGCAGAAGUAUUUACUUAGUGUGGAUGUGGAGGGAGGAAAGCUAGUGGUACAGAAGAAAUCCAAGGAUCCACAGGAGGACUGGAAUACGUUUACAUAUGAUAAGAUUCGGCAGUUGAUAAAAUCGCAACGUGUCCACAGCAAACUGGGAAUAGUGUUCGAGAAAGAGAAGGAUAAAACACAGAGAAAGGAUUUCAUCUUUGAAACUACAAGGAAACGAGAGGCAUUUUGCCAACUCUUACAGCUUAUGAAGAACAAGCAUUCCAAGCAGGAUGAACCGGACAUGAUCUCUAUCUUCAUUGGCACUUGGAACAUGGGAAGUGCACCCCCUCCAAAAAUCUUGGCUUCCUGGCUGAUAUCCAAGGGACUUGGGAAAACUCUGGAUGAAACAACAGUCACUAUUCCACAUGACAUCUAUGUUGUUGGAACUCAGGAAAAUUCUGUUGCAGACAAAGAGUGGGUGGACUUCGUGCGGGCCAGUUUGAAAGAUUGCACUGACUUGGACUUUAAACCGAUUGCAAUGCAGACACUUUGGAACAUUAAAAUUGUAGUCCUGGUUAAGCCGGAACAUGAGAACCGGAUCAGCCACAUCAGUACCUCAAGUGUGAAAACUGGAAUAGCCAAUACAUUGGGUAAUAAAGGAGCCGUUGGUGUUUCGUUUAUGUUUAAUGGAACGUCAUUUGGAUUUGUUAACUGCCACUUAACAUCUGGUAAUGAGAAAACUGCAAGACGGAAUCAGAAUUAUCUGGAUAUCCUGCGGUUGCUUUCUCUCGGUGACAAGCAGUUGAGCUCCUUUGACAUCUCAUUACGAUUCACGCAUCUCUUUUGGUUUGGGGACCUCAAUUAUCGGCUGGACAUGGAGCUGCAGGACAUACUCAAUUACAUUAACAGGAAAGAGUUUGAGCCUCUUCAGAAAGUUGACCAGCUGAACUUGGAGAAGGAGAAAAACAAAAUAUUUCUUCGAUUUUAUGAAGAGGAGAUCACAUUCCCUCCAACAUAUCGAUAUGAGCGAGGAUCCCGGGAUGUAUAUGUUUGUCACAAACAGAAGCCCACUGGGGUCCGCACAAAUGUUCCAUCGUGGUGCGACAGAAUUUUGUGGAAAUCGUACCCCGAGACCCACAUCAUUUGUAAUUCAUAUGGUUGCACGGACGAUAUUGUGACAAGUGACCACUCGCCAGCCUUUGGCACUUUUGAAGUCGGUGUGACAUCACAGUUUGUAUCCAAAAAGGGUCUCUCCAAAACAUCUGACCAGGCUUACAUUGACUUUGAGAAUAUUGAAGCCAUCGUAAAAACUGCCAGCAGGACUAAGUUCUUCAUUGAGUUCUACUCUACCUGUCUGGAAGAAUUCAAGAAAAGUUCAGAAAAUGAUACACAAAGCUGUGACAACAUCAAUUUUCUGAAGGUUGGCUGGUCUUCCAAGCAACUCCCUACGCUGAAACCAAUUCUGUCUGAUAUUGAAUAUCUUCAGGACCAGCACCUCCUCCUCACUGUCAAAUCAGUGGAUGGUUAUGAAUCCUAUGGGGAGUGCUGCAUUGCAUUGAAGUCAAUGAUUGGCAGUACUGCUCAGCAAUUCCUGACGUCACUGUCGCACAGAGGAGAGGAAACUGGUAACAUCCGCGGCUCCAUGAAAGUUCGGGUGCCAGCAGAGAGGAUUGGAACUCGGGAACGUCUUUAUGAAUGGAUUAGAGUCGACAAGGAUGAGACUGGAGCAACCAAAGGGAAGCCAGGAUGUCGCAUGAGCCAAGACUUCAAAGCGACGUCAAAGAAGCUGGCCUCUGCAGACAGUGUGGGAAUUCAGCUUGGGAAACCCCUGUGCGAAGAGGUGGAGAAACCCAGUUGUAUUGCCAUGGGGCGUGCACCAGCUCCACUUCCUGGGGCUGCAGCUGAAGACAGAUCAAAGCAGCAAGAGACUUACUCUGAUGCAGAUGCUCUGUGUUCGAAGAAUAGCUUCAACAACCCAGCUUACUACAUCUUGGAGGGAGUACCGCAUCAGCAAGCUGCACUGCUGUCGCCAGAUCACCAGGCUUCAGCCUUUCCCAAGAUAGGACAAAAAAACAAAAACCAGGCAACACUUGGUUCACAAGAUAGGAAACCUAAUCAUUCAGGACGCCUUUCGUUAGCGAGUGAGGAGGGAUCCCUGUCGGAUGAUGAAAGUUCAAACCAUAAUCGGCCACCGCCGGAUUACCCCCCUCCUCCUCUCCCCAAGGCCGUGGAUGUGGAUAUGGUUGAUAAUCCUUUCUAUGCCUCCUCGAAGGAACUCCAGCGACUCAAAACUGGGCCAGCCAGGGACGAGCUAGACCUCAGGAACCCUGGUGCGAAGCACCGGACUUCCGCUGAAUCUUUAGAAGCCAAGGCCUCUCUUCCGCCAAAAGCCCACCCUAAGCCGCAGCUGGUCUCCGGCACACCUCACUUGGCCAGCCCCUUUCUAGCUGACCAGUGCAGUACUCCCUACCAAGGCCUUGUUGAUGACCGAUCCUAUUCCGCCCUUCAGAUGGCCAAGAGCCUCAGUGAGGUGGACUAUCAAGCGGGCAAGAUUGAGCCUACAUCAAGGAAUCCUCCACUACCGGUGAAAGGCCAGCUUCCCCGAGGGCUGCUCCCUGACUACAGCAGACCCAUCUCCUUCCCUUCACGCUCCAUCAAGGAGAGUAUCGAAGAGGACAUGGCUGAAGAGUCAUCGUGUCAAGCGAGCAGCACUAGCUCCAGUCUGUCCCAUGACUCCAGCGUAGGUAACUGGUUACGUCGCCUAGGCUUGGAGAAAUAUGAAGAUGGACUGAUCCAUAAUGGCUGGGAUGAUUUAGAGUUUCUGAGUGACAUAACCAAGGAUGACCUGGAUGAGGCUGGAGUCACGGAUCCCAUACACCAGAACAUUCUCCUGGAGAGUUUACAGCAACUUGGAAAAUAGUCUGCUGGGAUUUUGACAUUUUCAUUAUAACGAUAAAAGUGCCUUAGGGAGACUUUUUCAAAAAGUUGAUAUACAGUAGCUCUGAAACACAAGCAAUAUUGAAAAAAGGAAAAUAUAAACUCAGCUGACCUUUCCGGAUGAGGAAGGUGCUUACUGUCCUGAGCAAUGUUUGUACAACUACAGCAGAGUACAGAGGCUGCCUCCUCUUCCUGCAUAUCCUGUUCUUUCACUCCUCUCCACACUGUUGAGUUUCUUCUUCCUUACAGUCAGUGCAAGGGGAUGUCGUGUGUUUGUUUCAUUCCGUGAGGAAGUGUUAAGUUAAACCCAUUUUCAUCAUGUUCGUCACAGUAAAGAAAUACAGUAGCACAGAUCGCUCAGAAACCGGUGGGUCCUGUUAAUGUGGCUUCUGUAGUUUGUACACAAAAGAUGGGCAGUGCUGAUUUCUUUCACUCUGCACUGCUUGCUUUAUUUUGAAGCACACCCUGUGGCUAAAAUCUAUUGGGGCCAGUUGCCCAGGAAAGGAGGGAGAAAAUGGUAUCUUCAGGGAAUCUAGAAGUUGCCUUCUCCCUGUGCCUCAAAAAUCUCAUGAUUCCAUUCUGGGACCUGGAGGAUGAGAUGCUGCUGACCAUCCAUUGGUCUUAUAUCCAUGCUGGCAUUGAGGAAAGAGCGGUCAGGUGUGACAGUGUGUACAGUGUGGAUACCUCGGAAGUGUUUCUCAAAAUAGGACCAAUUUGUUCUGAUUCUGGUCAAAUGGAUCCCAUUUAAUAUUUUGCAGAAUGGUGACAGUUGAGUGAGAGAGAGAGAGAGUGUGAGACAGAGACUAGUCAAGGAGUAUGUGAGAAAAUUGAGUUGAGAAUGUGCAGAUAUUUCAGCUAUUUCCUUUCAGCACUAAAGGGAAAAUCUUCUGUGCUCCGCAGUGAGAACUGGGCUGGAUGUAGAUCAACUUCUGCUCUGCUAGAGGUAGAAGGAAGUCAGGAAAUGUUCUCCAUUUCUUCAAGUUACUUAUUUUCCCUUGUGGUUAUAUUCUCACCAUUUGGCAGAGGGAGUGAGGGAAGGCAGCAAUCUGCUCACUGGCCACAACCAGCCCUGCAAGUGAUCACAUACACCUCUUUACAGCAAGUAUCUGUACAACUGGUCAAAGGAACCUACAGCACAGGAACAAGCCCUUCGGCCCUCCAAGCCUGCGCCAAUCGAGAUCCUCUGUCUAACCUGUCAUCUAUUUUCUAAGGGUCUGUGUCCAUUCGCUCCCUGCCCAUCCAUGUACCUGUCCAAAUAUAUCUUAAAAGACGCUAACGUGUCUGCGUCUACCACCUCCGUUGGCAACACGUUCCAGGCACCCACCACCCUCUGUGUAAAGAACUUUCCACGCAUAUCUCCCUUAAACUUUCCUCCUCUCACUUUGAACUCAUGACCCCUAGUAAUUGAGUCCUCCACUCGGGGGUGGGGGGGAGGAAAGCUUCUUGCUGUCCACCCUGUCUAUACCCCUCAUGAUUUUGUAGACUUCAAUCAGGUCCCCCCCUCAACCUCCGUCUUUCUAAUGUAAAUAAUCCUAAUCUAUUCAACCUCUCUUCAUAGCUAGCACCCUCCAUACCAGGCAACAUCCUGGUGAACCUCCUCUGCACCCUCUCCAAAGCAUCCACAUCCUUUUGGUAAUGUGGCGACCAGAACUGUACACAGUACUCCAAAUGUGGCUGAACCAAAGUCCUAUACAACUGCAACAUGACCUGCCAACUCUUGUACUCAAUACCCCGUCCAAUGAAGGAAAGCAUGCCAUAUGCCUUCUUGACCACCCUAUUGACCUGCGUUGUCACCUUCAGGGAACAAUGGACCUGAACACCCAGAUCUCUCUGUUCAUCAAUUUUCCCUCAGACUUUUCCAUUUACUGUAUAGUUUGCUCUUGAAUUUGUUCUUCCAAAAUGCAUCACCUCACAUUUGCCCGAAUUGAACUCCGUCUGCCAUUUAUCUGCCCAACUCUCCAGCCUAUCUAUAUUCUGCUGUAACAGGGGUUGGUUUCUGUUUCCUGUGACUGAAUCCAUAGUCUGGGUGUGUGCGCGCGCGUGUCUGUGUCUGUGUCUGUGUCUGUGUCUGUGUGUGUGUGUCUGUGUGUGUGUGUGUCUGUGUGUGUGUGUGUCUGUGUGUGUGUGUGUCUGUGUGUGUGUGUGUGUGUGUGUGUGUCUGUGUGUGUGUGUCUGUGUGUGUGUGUCUGUGUGUGUGUGUCUGUGUGUGUGUGUCUGUGUGUGUGUGUCUGUGUCUGUCUGUGUCUGUCUGUGUCUGUCUGUGUGUGUCUGUCUGUGUGUGUCUGUCUGUGUGUGUCUGUCUGUGUGUGUCUGUCUGUGUGUGUGUGUGUGUGUGCGCGCGUGCGUGUUGGGUGGUGGGAGGUGAAGAAGUCCAGGUCAGAGAUCCUGGUUCCACUGCUGGGACUAGACCAGUCUGCUGACUGGGUGAAGCAAGUUGAACUGUCUCAGUGGUGUUUGUGGAUUUGACUGAGGUGUCAAUCAGUGCCAGUUUAGCGAUUGACCACGUGGGCCAGCUCCACUCUCCAAACUGUGUUUCCCAUCAGAUUGGGGCAGGCAGUGUUCCCUUAUUUGCAGGCUCUAGGCUUCUCCAGAAUGGUGGUAGGAAUGAGGACUCAGCUGCAACCACUCAAUGGCCUGGCAGCUGAGCUCCAGUCAAGGAAUUAGAGAGAAUGUUAUUUCUUGCAAAUGGAAGUGAGCAUUCCCACAGUUUUUUUCCUUGUACAUGUUUUGUUUGGUCUUUUUUUUCUUGAUGGACCUGAAACCUGAACAGCUGGUUCUGUUACAGUCUUGUUGUUUUUGCUUGCAGUGUCCUGCCUAGAUUCCGUACCAGUGACAACCAAACAUCAUCACUUCCUUCAGUGGGCAGUCUGUUCCAUCUCUGCCUCCAGACACUGAAUCCAGUCCAGACUGACUUUCCCAGUAUUAGUAUUGACAGGCCCACCUUUUGCACAAGACCCUAAGUCCUGUCCGAUAGGUGUGAAAGAUCCUGUGGCAAUAAUAAAUGAGCAAUUCACUUCUCCGUGAAAUCCAGGCCAAUAUUAACCAAAUCCUAAUCUAGAUUUGCCUGGUCAUUUCCUCAUUGCAGCCUGUUGGGACAGUGUUUCCAAUAUCACAACAAUGCGCUUCCCAAUACCUCGUUGGUAAUAGGUGCUUUGAAACACCCUGAAGCCACAAAAGCCGCUAUAGAAAUACAAGUCCUUGUUUCUUUCCACUUCAUCCCCUCAUUCACUUGCUCUCACUGUGUCUUGCCCAUCUUCCGCAGCUCUUAUUGACAUUGCCAAAUUAACUGAACUGCCAUUAAUGAUUUAAAGGUUAAAUAGCAAACUCAAUAGAAUAACUGAAGGAAGACUCACUAACUUUUGUUUUAAGUGCAGUUUGCAGCAUUAAGUAUUGAAUGGGUAAUUGGCACAGUUGUGAGAAGUGGUUUUGCAGUGACUGGAAACUUCUGAAUGAAAGAUCUAACUGUUCCUGAGGAUGUGACUUAACAGCUUUUGUUUGUGGUGUACCAAUUCUGCAUAAGACCCUUUACUGAGAUGUACCUAGUCCCUGGUUGCUUAGUCAUCCAAGGACAAAUAUCUCACCCCUCUACAGUUUGAGGUAAUUUCAUAAAAGUAUCGCUUUACUGAGCUUCAUCUGACUUGCAGAUUUCUCAAAUUGUAGCCCACCAAACUUGGGAUGAAGCGCCCACCGUGAAGUUCAGGUAGUAGACAGCCGUUCAGCCCCUUGGGCCAGCUCUAACAUUGACAGAUCUGCGAUUUCGUUUGCCUACCAUAGCUCCAUGUCCCUCAACACCCUAACCCAGCAAAAAUCUAUCUCCUACUCAAACUCCAGUUGUUCCCCAGUUGUAAGCAGGAGGUGAUGGAUCCAGAUUUUCACUGAUCAGAUGAGAAAACAAAGUAGGAAGAAUUCUGAACACUCCAGGUUGGGGAAUUGAUCUAUUUGCACUCUUGGCUUGUUGUUCUACAGUGUCCGUUGUUAAGAAUAUAGUGACACUCAUUCUGUGCUGGUGCACAUUCUGUCGUUCAGGGGUGCUGAGCCCAAUUCAAUGUAGGAACCUUGUUGUUUUCCUUCCUCAACCUUUGUCCAAGUAUUUGUUUUCAAAAUGAAAAAUGUCCUCAACUUUUUUAAAGAAUAAUAAUGCAAUAAGGUGUGUGAACUGCCAGAAGCCAAGAACUUGUGUGUCUUGUUUAAUCUUAUCGGUUUUUUUGCUUUUAACGUACUGUGGCUAAUUGGAGGACUUUUUGAAGUUGCUUUUAUCUGUGAUAUUUAAUGCAAUUAUGCCAAGUUUUUAUUUGUGGUGCCAUCCCUGUUUGCUCUGUCCCCACCUCAUCUCUCCUUGCUGUAAUGUGUGUUGGUGAUUACCACUGAGUUCCUGUUUAGCUGUGGCACAGUGAUGGCAAGAACAGCAAGAGCAGAUGGCAAGGACAUCCAUGAGUAUUUGUGUGCGCCUGUUUUUCUUUCAUUUAAGAUUUUGUACUUUUAAUGAUUUAAUUAUGUCUGUAUAAUACUGUUUAAAACUAAAGUUCUUUUUAACGAUA